AUGAAAAACUCGGCAAGGGGCCCAUACAGAGAACACACUGUUCCCCCUGCUCGGAGUCUGGAGCUGAGAACAGUCAGUAGGGUUCUGCAUGAAGACCUCAGGCAGCACACUGGCUCAUUUGAAGACAGUAUUUUUAUUAUUUACAAAAAAAAAAAAAAAAAAAAAAGUAAUAUUAAUAAGCUCUUUCCUUUCACACUGCAGAUUGUUGUAGUCAAAGCAUCUGGGCAGGUGUUUGUGAAUUAUAUUGAGUCCCAGCAGCCCCUCUUCACAGCCGACUUCUCCCUGUACAAGAUGUCCAACAUGUACAUGAUUCUCGAGAUCAGAAUGGGCCUGCAGCUGGUCAUACAGCUGCAGCCGGUAUUGCAGGUCUUUGCCAUAGCAGAUGCCAAGCUGAAAGAAAAGAUGUUAGGUUUAUGUGGGAACUUUAAUGACAAGGAGCUGGAUGACUAUAAGGUGAUGAGUGGAUUGGUGGAAUCCACAAGCACAGCGUUUGCCAAUGCGUGGAAAACCCAAGCCAACUGUCCGGAUAUCAGCACACAGAUGCAGAACCCAUGUUCCCAGACCAUCACAAAAGAGAGCUAUGGUGACUACUGGUGCUCCAAGCUGACCGAAGCAAAUGGAGUUUUUGCCAAAUGUCAUUCUGCUGUUUCACCUGAACCCUACAUGCAGCGCUGUAAACACAUGGUGUGUGAAGGAGAGAAGAGCGAGGACUCCAUGUGUGCGUCCGUGUCAUCCUACAUCCUGGCCUGCUCCCAGGCAGGAGUCCACAUCAAGGAAUGGAGGGACACCAUUUGUGCUAAAUUCACAGAGUGCCCAAUGGGAACUUCAUACAGCUACAACAUGACGAGCUGCCAUCGUUCCUGCCGCUCCCUGAGCCAGUUCGACUACACCUGCCAGAGGAACCUCCCGGUGCUGGAUGGCUGUGGCUGUAUGGAGGGCACCUACAUGAACCCACAGGGCCAGUGUGUGCAAAGCUCCGAAUGCCCCUGCUAUGAUAAAGACGAUAUCAUCUCGCCCGGACAGAGCAUCAACAAGGACGGCAACACCUGUGUCUGCAGAGAUGGAGUUCUAAGCUGCAUAGGAGGGAACGAGCAAGAUAAUUCCUCCAAGUGCGCCUCUCCAAUGGUGUACUUCGAUUGCUCCACUGCUCCAGCCGGGUCCUCAGGUGUGGAGUGCCAGAAGAGUUGUGGCACGUUGGACAUGGCUUGCUUAAGCUCGGGCUGCACCUCUGGCUGCAUGUGUCCGGAGGGCCUGGUGUCAGACGGGGCGGGGGACUGUAUUGAGGAGAGCAAAUGUCCCUGUCUGCACAACGGGAAGGUGUACCAGUCAGGAGAGACCCUCAAAGUGGAUUGCAACACCUGUUACUGCUCAAACCGAAAGUUCUCCUGCACCUCAAACGUCUGCGAUGCUGUCUGUAGCGUUUAUGGAGACGGGCACUACACCACUUUUGAUGACAAGAGAUAUGACUUCAAUGGUCAAUGCCAGUACACACUGCUGCAGGACUACUGUGGUGGCUCCAACGGCACUUUCAGAAUCAUCUCUGAGAACAUGCCAUGUGGGACAACUGGCACCACCUGCUUCCGAGUCAUCAAGAUCUACCUGGGGGAGGCAGAGUACCAGUUCCGUGAGGAGAAAUUCCAUGUGGUGAAGAGCAGUAGCAAGUUCGGCCCACCUCAAAUGCAGAAGAUGGGAUUGUACCUGGUGGUGACCCUCAAGCUUGGCAUGGUUGUCAUGUGGGACAUGGGGACCACCUUCUUCAUUAAACUCCAUCCAGUUUUUCAGGGCAGUGUGUGUGGUUUAUGUGGGAAUUAUGAUGGUAAGAGCGCAAACGAUUACACCACACGCUCUCUAGAGCUUGUGAAUGAUGUACUGGAGUUUGGGAACAGCUGGAAGGUUUCGACAACCUGCCCCAAUGCUCAGCUUGUCCAAGACCCCUGCCUCACUCACCCCUACCGCUUGGCCUGGGCACAGAAACAGUGCAGCAUCAUCAACAGCAUCACGUUCCAGAGCUGCCACUCACAGGUGGACCCAGGCCCAUACUUUGACUCAUGUGUCAGAGACUCUUGUGCCUGCGACACUGGUGGAGAUUGCGAAUGUUUGUGCACUGCUGUGGCUGUUUAUGCCAGAGUGUGUAACGAAGCUGGUGUGUGUGUCAGAUGGAGAACGCCAAAGCUGUGUCCUGUUUUCUGUGAUUACUACAAUGCCCCUGAAGGCUGUGAGUGGCAUUACAAACCCUGUGGAGCAGACUGCAUGAAGACCUGUAGAAACCCAUCAGGGAACUGCUCCAGUCUUAUCACUGCAAUCGAAGGCUGUUAUCCACAAUGCCCACCAAGUGAACCAUUCUUUGAUGAAGACAGCAUGAAAUGCGUCACCAGGGAGAAAUGUGGCUGUUUCGACGAUAAUGACAAUCAUUACACUGUUGGAGAAUCUGUUCCUUCAUCCAACUGUUACACUUGUACUUGCACAGAUUCAGGAAUCAAGUGCAGCUACAAUUCAAGUUCUUGCAAAUGCUUCAUAAGUGGGAAGAUCUACAAUUAUGGAGAAAUUGUAUACAACACCACAGAUGGACUUGGAAACUGCAUCACAGCCGAAUGUGGAGAGGAUGGGACAAUACAAAGAAAACUGUAUCCUUGCACUACCACAACCACAGCUGUUCCUACAACAUUUGUUUUUACGACAACAGUGCCAGCAACGACUGAGACAGCAACAUCCACAACUACUGUGGUAGGAAACAAAUACUACUGUUCCAGUGAACACGACAACUCAAUCAACUACAGGAACAACAGCAUCUACAACUACUGUUCCAGUGAACACUACAACUCAGUCAACUACAGCAACAACAACGUCUACAACUACUGUUCCAGUGAACACAACAACUCAAUCAACUACAGGAACAACAGCAUCUACAACUACUGUUCCAGUGAACACUACAACUCAGUCAACUACAGCAACAACAACAUCCACAACCACUGUUCCAGUGAACACAACAACUCAAUCAACUACAGGAACAACAGCAUCUACAACUACUGCUUCAGUGAACACAACAACUCAAUCAACUACAGGAACAACAACAUCUACAUCCACUGUUCCUGUGAAGACAACAACUCAGUCAACUACAGCAACAACAACAUCUACAACCACUGUUCCAGUGAACACAACAACUCAAUCAACUACAGCAACAACAACGUCUACAACUACUGUUCCAGUGAACACAACAACUCAAUCAACUACAGCAACAACAACAUCUACAACUACUGUUCCAGUGAACACAACAACUCAAUCAACUACAGUAACAACAACGUCUACAACUACUGUUCCAGUGAACACAACAACUCAAUCAACUACAGCAACAACAACGUCUACAACUACUGUUCCAGUGAACACAACAACUCAAUCAACUACAGGAACAACAACGUCUACAACCACUGUUCCAGUGAACACAACAACUCAGUCAACUACAGCAACAACAACAUCUACAACCACUGUUCCAGUGAACACAACAACUCAAUCAACUACAGCCAAACAACAACGAACAACAACAUCUACAACUACUGUUCCAGUGAACACAACAACUCAAUCAACUACAGGAACAACAACGUCUACAACUACUGUUCCAGUGAACACAACAACUCAAUCAACUACAGCAACAACAACGUCUACAACUACUGUUCCAGUGAAACACUAACAACUCAGUCAACUACAGCAAACAACAACGUCUACAACCACUGUUCCAGUGAACACAACAACUCAAUCAACUACAGCAACAACAACGUCUACAACUGCUGCGGUAAAAACAAAUACUACUGUUCCAGUGAACACAACAACUCAAUCAACUACAGUAACAACAACGUCUACAACUACUGUUCCAGUGAACACAACAACUCAAUCAACUACAGCAACAACAACGUCUACAACUACUGUUCCAGUGAACACUACAACUCAGUCAACUACAGCAACAACAACGUCUACAACUACUGUUCCAGUGAACACUACAACUCAGUCAACUACAGCAACAACAACGUCUACAACCACUGUUCCAGUGAACACAACAACUCAAUCAACUACAGCAACAACAACGUCUACAACUGCUGCGUGAACACUAACAACUCAGUCAACUACAGUAACAACAACGUCUACAACUACUGUUCCAGUGAACACAACAACUCAGUCAACUACAGCAACAACAACGUCUACAACCACUGUUCCAGUGAACACAACAACUCAAUCAACUACAGUAACAACGUCUACAACUACUGUUCCAGUGAACACAACAACUCAAUCAACUACAGCAACAACAACGUCUACAACUACUGUUCCAGUGAACACUACAACUCAGUCAACUACAGCAACAACAACGUCUACAACCACUGUUCCAGUGAACACAACAACUCAAUCAACUACAGCAACAACAACGUCUACAACUACUGUUCCAGUGAACACAACAACUCAAACAACUACAGGAACAACAGCAUCUACAACUACUGUUCCAGUGAACACAACAACUCAAUCAACUACAGGAACAACAACGUCUACAACUACUGUUCCAGUGAACACAACAACUCAAUCAACUACAGGAACAACAACGUCUACAACUACUGUGGUACAAACAAAUACUACUGUUCCAGUGAACACAACAACUCAGUCAACUACAGUAACAACAACGUCUACAAACAAAUACUACUGUUCCAUGAACACAACAACUCAAUCAACUACAGGAACAACAACGUCUACAACUGCUGCGGUACAAACAAACACUACUGUUCCAGUGAACACAACAACUCAAUCAACUACAGCAACAACAUCUACAACUGCUGCGGUACAAACAAAUACUACUGUUCCAGUGAACACAACAACUCAAUCAACUACAGUAACAACAACGUCUACAACUACUGUUCCGGUGAACACAACAACUCAAUCAACUACAGGAACAACAACGUCUACAACUACUGUUCCAGUGAACACUACAACUCAGUCAACUACAGCAACAACAACGUCUACAACCACUGUUCCAGUGAACACAACAACUCAAUCAACUCACAACAACAACACAGGACAAACAACAACGUCUACAACUACUGUUCCAGUGAACACAACAACUCAAUCAACUACAGGAACAACAACGUCUACAACUACUGUUCCAUCAUCAACUACAGUAACAACAACGUCUACAACUACUGUUCCAGUGAACACAACAACUCAAUCAACUACAGCAACAACAACGUCUACAACUACUGUUCCAGUGAACACAACAACUCAAUCAACUACAGGAACAACAACGUCUACAACCACUGUUCCAGUGAACACAACAACUCAAUCAACUACAGCAACAACAACAUCUACAACUGCUGCGGUACAAACAAAUACUACUGUUCCAGUGAACACAACAACUCAAUCAACUACAGUCAACAACAACGUCUACAACUACUGUUCCAGUGA